AGAGAAGUUCUGACGCCACACGCAUGUGCAUGCAGUGGCACGCCGCCUGUAUGUAUAUGUACUAGUGUAAUAAAGUGUAACACACUAUUUCACCUGCCGGUAUCUUGCAUUACUAACACACGAUUCUGAUGGAGACGACGAUAACUAACGUUAGACGUUUGUGGAUAUGAAUUUGGAAUAUACUCUCCCAAAUAACAGGAUGAAUCAUAUUUAAAAGAGACAUUGGCUAGCUGUGCAGCAGAGCCAAGCUCCACAGUAAGCACCACCAUGGCGGGAGUCAGGUGGCACCUCUGGAAGGGGACAAUGGCAUUCCUACUUCUGGUUCUGCAGCUGGGCUUCACCCUAGUCCUCGGUCAAGACAUCCAGUUCACCCGUUCAAUAUACAAUGCCACUAUUGCAGAAAACUCCCCCAUCAGGACAUUCAUCUCCACAGAACAGAAGAUGGGCAUUUACUUGCCAGACCCAUCAGUGACUGUGCGAUACAGCUUGCAGGAAAGCGAUGUGAGCGACCUUUUCUCUUCCAGACCAGAGGUUGUUGGUGACUUUGCUUUUUUGAGGAUAAGGACAAGACCAUGUAGAAACAAAAGCCAGUGUCCUAAUUUGAAAGUUAACAGAGAGGUAAGGCCGGAGUAUUAUCUUACGGUCAUUGCACAGAGCAGCUCAGUGGGAGAGAGAAGCUCAGCAACAGCAGAAGUGCACAUUGUUGUGCAGGAUGUUAAUGAGCAACCUCCACUCUUCUUGAGAGGGAACUAUGCAGCAACAGUUCGUGAGGACUAUCCAGUAUUCUCUAACAUCAUUCAAGUGGAGGCUCAUGAUUCAGACAGUGGCAUCAAUGGAGAGGUCUAUUAUAGUUUCCGCCAGCAGACAGAUCAGUUUGCAAUCCAUACAACCACUGGUGUUGUGUCCUUGACUAGACCUCUGGACUUUGAUCAGCGAUCAAAUUAUGCUCUAACCGUUGUUGCAAAAGACAGAGGUUUCACACCAUAUGGAGGAGUAGCUCUGACGUCAUCAGUGCAGCUGAGGAUAUAUGUCGAGCAAGUCAACAAGCAUAGCCCUGAGAUUAGAGUUGAGAAGCAACCCACUGUUUCAAGGAACAGUGAGGUAGGGACAGUCUUUGCGGUUGUAGGAGUGACAGAUGAAGACGGAGGUGCUAAUGGUGAAAUUGCAUCUUUAGAUAUCAUCGACGGGGACCCUGGUGGGUUCUUUAUAGUUGAGCCAUCGUCAACACCUGGUCGCUAUCAACUGAAGAUCGCUAAUUCUCUUCUCACAUCCAACCUACCCCAUGCUUUUAACGUGACUGUAGCUGCAUCAGACAGAGGAUCGUCUCCGAGGACCACUUCUCUCGUGGUUGGUGUUGUCCUCGAUGGUGCCAUGAAUUUUGAGGCCUACUUUACCAGUGACUUCUUCAACACAACUAUCAGUGAACACAUGCCUGUGAACACCCCAUUUUUACCUGUUGCACCAAGGAGCGCUAUAGGCAACACUGGUUUCUCUUAUGUCAUCCAGGAUUCAUCUCUGCCAUUUUCGAUAGGUACUCACACAGGGAUGCUGUCAGUUGCUGUUGAUCUUGACAGAGAGACUACUCCAGAAUACGAUUUCACGGUUGCAGUCCGUAAUUCCAAACAGCAAACCAUUGCUGAUACAAGGGUAGUGGUCAUUCUUUCAGAUGCAAAUGAUAACAAUCCAUCUUUUGAAGAAGAGCUCUAUACUGUAGAAGUUGAAGAGAACCGUCCGGUUAAUUACCAAGUCCUUGUGGUACGAGCAAGUGAUCCAGAUCUGGGAGAGAAUGGUUUUAUUUCAUACAGUAUCGCCAACUUGAAUCCAGUUCCCUUUACCAUAGACCACCAAACUGGAUCAAUAAAUACUAGCAAAGUUCUUGACUAUGAGACCAUGAGGCACCAGUACAGGCUUAGAGUGAGGGCUUCUGAUUGGGGAGCUCCUUUCCGAAGAGAAGCAGAAGCCGUAGUUGUCAUCAACCUCAUCAAUCUCAAUGACAACAGACCAAAGUUUGAGAAGAUCAACUGUGUUGGGGCAAUUGCCAAGUCUUUUCCAAGUGGGAGAGCCAUUGCAUUGAUAUCUGCCCUUGACUUUGAUGAUAAUAGACCAAGAUACUGGAUUACGAGUGGAAAUGUGAACGACCUAUUCAGCAUUAAUACUCAGUCAGGAAAUCUGACUUUGUCUCGCCCUGUAGCAGAUUCUGAUCCCCUGUUCUAUAGUUUGAGAAUAGAGGCAAGAGAUGGACCAACUUCUGUCAGCUAUAUGAGGACCAACAUGUCAAUCACCAACAAUGCGAACCCCAAUCCUCAAGCCCAUGCAAGGGGUUUGAAAGUGACAUGCCAGGAAACAGAUGUUGCAGAGGAGAUUGUCGGGCUGUAUGAGCAACUUCAGGCAAGUAACCAAGAGGUUGAACAUCUCCCUCCCAACUAUGCAGAGUUGUACUCUGCUAAUGUGCAUGAGCCAGAAUUCGAGACUGGGUUUAGGACAUCUGUAGAAGUUCUUGAAGACUCACCUGUUGGCAGCACUGUCCUUACUGUCAAUGCUAAUGAUUUGGAUCAUGGCUUUAACGGAAAACUUCUAUAUGCAAUUUCAGAUGGGAAUGAUAAGUCCCACUUCCAAAUGGACUUUGAAACGGGUGAAUUGAAAGUUCUAAUGCCCCUGGAUCGUGAAACUCAGAGUGUGUAUGAUGUAACAGUAAAGGUAGCAGACAUGGGUAGGCCCCAGCAUACAAGGAAGAGCCCCUUGACCAUCACCCUGACUGAUGUCAAUGACAAUGCACCCCAGUUUGAUCUGAAUCAAUAUGAUGUCAAUAUUCCUGAAGAUGCAGAAGUAGGCCUUCACUUUUUAGCAGUUCAUGCCUCUGAUCGGGAUGAGGGUCGAAAUCAAGAAGUGCGUUACAGCAUCAUCAGUGAUUCUCCUUCCUUUGACAUUGACAUCAUCUCUGGAGAGCUUAGCGUUGCUGGGCCACUUGACAGAGAAACCAUUCCAAUCCAUGAAGUUCGAGUUCAGGCAACAGAUCUUUCUGAUUCACCCCUCUCUAGCUCUGUCAUCGUCAGAGUAUCCCUGGAUGACAUCAAUGACAAUCCACCACGAUGUCUUCUCCCCGAGAACAAAGUCAAGAUCCGUGAAGACCUUCCAACAGGAGCUGCUGUUCUGAGUGUCCAAGCUCACGAUCCUGAUAACCCUCCUAAUGGAACUGUACAUUACAGACUUGAUAAUUCAGGACCCUCAAAGUUCAGCAUUGACACUGAUUAUGGCACGCUCCGCCUGGUGGAAAUGCUGGACUAUGAGGAGACGCAGCUUUACGAAAUUGUAGUCGCCAUCCGAGAUGAAGGAAUACCAGCUAUGAGUUCAACUUGCCGGAUAGUCGUAGAGGUCGUGGAUGUUAAUGAGAACACUCAUGCUCCCGUUUUCCAAAACUAUGUGCUGACUGGAUCUGUACAUGAAGGACAUAUCAAUGACACUGAAGUGAUGACUAUAACUGCUGCUGAUAUGGACAUGGGUAUAGAUGGAGAGGUGUCUUACACAAUCCGAGAUGGAAGUGGGCUUGGAAGGUUCAGUAUUGACAAUGCAGGUUAGUCUAUAUUAAUUCCUUUCAAGUUUUUACUUUGUGAGCUUGGAAAGUAGCUACAAAUCAUAGCAAAAAUUGUUUGAAAGAGAAAAAAAAGAUGAUGGGUGUUGCACUUUAAUAUUUAUCCUAAAUUUUUAUGACAUUAUUUUAAGAGUGAUGUGAAAUAGAUGAAAGGAAAAAAGAUUUUUGACUGAGUGUAUUGAACUAUAAUUCAAACAUAUUGACAGUCGGAGCAUAGUGUGCAUACAUUUUACUGGAGCAAGUAUAGUGACGUGAAAUUUUGAUGAAGUGCGUGGAUGUUGGUACCCUGCUAAGAUGAGGGAAACUCUCAGAAAAAAAAACCCUGACUGCGAUUUGUGCAAUGUUAAUG